CCUCCUCUGCGCUCGCUUUUUAAUAGCUCUCUCUACUUUAGAUGUGAUCAUAUGCAAAAAUACCAGAAAUUACUGUUGUAUAAUAAUAGCUUGGCCAGCGGAGCAUCUACAAAGUCUUAGGUUGUGGCAAAAAUUAGGCAGUCGGUGGUGUUGUACAUUGAAUUGCCCAAACACUUGGAAAACUCCCUUUCAGGUCCCAUCAACCCGUUAGUUAGCUGGCAAAUCUGUGCAUUUAAAUCCUCCUCUCCCAACCGUCUGGGAACCACCACCCCCCCCCCCCCUUUUUUUUUUCUUUUGCUGAUUUCUCUCUCAGGAAUCAGAAUCUGGUCAAUCAAGGAUCAAUGGCACAACAUAAGGACCAGCCUUCACCUAAUCAGAAGCGCAAUCGGUGUCUGAUUGUCACCGGAGCAGUUCUCCUGUUGUUGCUGCUGCUGCUAUCCAUCAUUGCACUCAUCCUUGCAUUGACCAUAUUCAAGCCUAAACAACCGCAAAUCCACGUUAUCUCAGCCAACGUUGAUGGCAUCGCUCCUCGAUUCUCAUUCCCAUUAAUGAACAUUGAGCUUAACCUCACCAUCAACCUAGAGAUUCUGGUGGAGAACCCUAACCAUGCCAGCUUCAAGCAUGGUGCAGGAAAGAGUUUCCUUUUAUACAAAGGCAACCAGGUGGGAGAAGCUGACUUGUAUCCAGGUCUGAUUCCGUCCAGGGGUUCUGAGACACUGCCUUGCAGGCUCACCAUCAAAGUUGAUAGCAUGACAUCUAAUGCAAUGGGCUUGAUUAGCGAGGCGGUAGCAGGGCACGUUGGUAUGGAAACACAUACCAGAAUUCCAGGUACGGUCACCUUCCUGGGUAUCUUCAAGAAACAUGCUGUAGCGGCUUCCGAAUGUCAAUUUAGCAUCAGUUUUCCCAGCAUGAAGAUCGGAAACCAGCAGUGCAAUAGCACAACAAAAUUUUGAGCAUCAGGAAAUGUGAAAAUGGCUUCGAUUUUUGCUAAUUACAUGCCCUCUCGAGCUACAGUUAAUAACGCUAUCCUUGGUACGCUAAAUUCAAGCUUCUCCAUGAAAACUAAAUUAAGAAAUGCAAUCUAGAUCAGUAGCAGUUUAAACAAUUGAUGAAAACUAGAUUAGCAAUGCAAUCUAGCCCAG